AUGACAUGUUUGAAAAGAAAAAAACUAAUUAAAGAAAUAAAAAUAUUAAUUUCCACAGUUUUAAGCUAUUACAUAAUUUUACUCCUUCCGGUCUUCCAUAUUUGUCGUCAUUUUUUUUUUUUUCGUUUUUUGGUAUUCAAUUUGUGUCUGUUUAUACUUUCUUUAUCACUCUCUCUCUCUCUCUCUCUCUCUCUCUCUCUCAUACUCAUCUUUCGCAAUCCACCUUUCCUUCUCCCAUCUUUUCUUUUUUCUUUUCGCUCUCUUUUUCUCUUUUUCGCUUUUUCUCUAUAUAAAUUAGAAACGUUAAGCAGAGGAUCAUUCAUUCUUUUCGUUCUUUUCUUUUCUUUCUUUCAUUUUCUAUUUUUAUUUCUUUUUAUCUUUCUUCUUUCUUUCUUUCGUUUCUUUUCCUUUUCUCGCUUUCCUGUUUUCUUUUUAGUCUUAUUUUUUUCUUCCUUUCUUUCAUUUUUUAUUCAUUCUUCUAAACAAAUUUUAUCUCCUUCCUUGCAAAUAAUAGCUGGCAUAUUUUUUUCUUCCGUGUACGUUCUUCGUUCUUUCUUUCUUUCUUUCUUUCUUUCUUUCUUUCUUUCUUUCUUUCUUUCUUUUGUUUUUCUUUCUUUUGCAUUUCUUUCUUUUUUCUUUCUUUCUUUCUUUCUUUCUUUCUUUCUUUCUUUCUUUUGUAUUUCUUUCUUUUUUCUUUCUUUACGCUCUUUUUUAUGA